CGAGAUCUGAGUCCCUGCCUUCCCGCGUCGAUGGGCGAUGCCGCGCGACCGACUACCUUACCGUGCAGUCCUCCCGCCGCCCAUCAUCAUGGGUCCCAUCAUACGCCUCUGCAUCAGACCCAUUGCGGCACUAACAACAACUGUUACGACAGGUCGACCACCCCUUACGACUCCAGGGACUACGACUCUCCCGAAGGGAGUGGACAGGAAUACAGGAACAACAGCGGCAACUUCGACAACGCCAGUGACCUGAACAUGCAGUCGCAGACGGCGCAUCAUCAUCACCAUCACCAUCAUCACCACCAUCAUCAUCCCCAUCUGCACUCGCAGGAACAGCAGACGACGGAUCUGCACCCCGUUCCGAAAUUGGAACCGCCGCCCACGCCACCCGCACAAUCCGAGGAUGUUCCCGGGGUGGUUUGCGCGGGAUGCGGCCUACGAAUAUCAGACAGAUUUUAUCUCCAGGCCGUCGACAGGAGAUGGCACGCCGCGUGCCUCCAGUGCUCACACUGUCGCCAGGGCCUCGACGGCGAGGUCACCUGCUUCAGCAGGGACGGGAACAUCUACUGCAAGAAGGACUACUAUCGGAUGUUCGGCAGCAUGAAGCGGUGCGCGCGCUGUCAAGCGGCGAUCCUGGCGUCCGAGCUGGUGAUGCGCGCCCGUGAUCUUGUCUUUCACGUGCGCUGCUUCUCGUGCGCGGCGUGCGCGGUGCCCUUGACGAAGGGCGACCACUUCGGCAUGCGAGACGGCGCCGUGCUCUGUCGGCUGCACUACGAGAUGGGCGCCGAGUUGCAUCCGGCGCAGAGCCCGCCGGUCCCGGUCUACCCCCCUGGACCGCACUACCCCGGUCAGCCCUUUCCCUCGCCCGAGUUCCUUCAUCACCAUCAUCAUCACGCGCCACCGCACCCUCAUCACUCGAUGCAGCACCCGCACAGUCACGUCAGUCCGGUGCCCUUGCAGCCCUCCACGCCUUCCAUACCUGACGCGUCCUCGCCCCCCAAGGUACCCUACUUCAAUGGAGCCGCCGCGGUGGUGCCACCACCCAGACAGAAGGGUAGACCGAGGAAGAGGAAGCCCAAAGACCUCGAAACCAUGACUGCGAGUCUUGACCUAAACGCAGACUACAUAGACAUGCCCUUUGGCAGAGGUGGCCCCGGCACACCCGGUAUGCCCGGUUCCAACAGCAGAACGAAGCGGAUGAGGACGAGUUUUAAGCAUCAUCAGUUGAGAACGAUGAAGAGCUAUUUCGCGAUCAAUCACAAUCCCGACGCGAAGGACCUCAAGCAGCUUUCCCAGAAAACUGGCUUGCCAAAAAGGGUGUUGCAGGUCUGGUUCCAAAAUGCGCGAGCAAAAUGGCGACGCAUGGUGCUAAAGCAGGACGGAAAAUCCGACAAGUGCGACAGCGGGGUGGAGGGUGGUAAUCUCGGCGACCUUGAGCUCUACGGGAACAGCACCGGAAGUGGCGGGCCGCCGAUGAGCCCGCCCUUCAUGCUCGGUGGUCCACACAGUCCCGCGUCCCUGGCGUCUCUGGAUUGCGCGUGAUCUUUGAGGUCCAGGUUCGUUCUUUCUGACUAGCCCUCGAGUCGUGAUAGACGUCGUCGUGUACCCGGGGACGUUCAUUCUUCCGGACGGUUUUUUCAUGUGAGAGAAAUCGCUCGCGACUGCGUAAAAAACACGAGUGAGCAACUAAUGGAUGUGUAAAAAAAAAAAAAAAAAAAAAAAAGACGUUUCCGCGAUGUCGAACGGAAACGAACGGAUUAUAGAAAAGACCGAUCAAGCGAAACUCUCGAAGAAUGCAUUUUUUUGUUUUGUCGAAAAAAAAAACGCUAGCUUCUCUCAGUCGAAUCUGAGAUUUCUCUUAAACGGCGAGAGAGAGAGAGAGAGCGACGAGAAUCUCAAAAAAUGUUUCAUGUUUGUCAUCUUUCCGUGUUAGAAAAAAAAAAAAAAUGUCUUUUCGACAAACUCGCUUUGAGUUGAAUGGCUAAUCAAGAUUAAUGUAAAAUCGACGCGAACACGCGUUUGGAUCCGUUUAAUCGAUAGGAUCGUUGUAUUUAUUAUAGCUCGAAUUUUGCGACGUUACGUCGCGGAACAAUAAAGUCGUUCGUUGAAACAAUUGUAAUUAGUUACGAGAUCUAUUUAUUCGUCUAAGUCUAAUGAAAGAAUCGCGAACAUUACCAGUGCUGUGUGAAAAUUCAGCGUUUCUGGAUUUUUUUUUUUUUUUUUUUUUAUCGAGGAGUUGUCAAUUUUACGGACGUUCAAAGAGAACGUUUGACACUUAGUAUUUGAGGUUUUACUUUACGUUCGAGAAAUGUGUUGAUCGCAUAAAACGAGAGAAAUGCUAACUCUGUAAGAGUAUAUUCGACAACGUAAAUUUUCUUCGCGACAUAAUGUGUAUUUACUCUUUUUUAUUAAAUAUAAAAAAUUUCGAAUUCCGCAGAAUUCGCUAACUCGAGAGAUCAAUCGGCAAAUAAAAACAAUAAAAUCUACAUCGCUUUAAAUUUGUGCUGCGUUUAUUAUUAUUAUUAUUAUUUUUUUUUUGUUUUUAACAAACACCAGAUUUUUACGCUUGUUAAAAAUAUAAAAAAAGCGGAACGUGACGACACACGCGAGGAUUAAUCGACGCUCCGUCGGACGCGCGAUUGAAACGCUGAAUUUUGAUGAGAAUGAUAUUAAUUAUUUAUAAAACGAGAGAGUUGCGAGGAAUAGAGUCGCGUUACUUUAAUUGUAUAUUAUUGCUCAAAAUCUCAGAUUACGCGCAAACAAACCUAAAAUUUAAAACACAUACACACAUACACACACACACACACAUAUACACACGAUUGUAUUGUAAAUAAAGAACGUUCCUGAUCGCGCGUACUUUUCUUAAGGCACCGUUAUAGGUUGGUAGGGUCCUAUUAAUUGCAUUCGGUAGCGGUCGCGCUUCUCUAGAUGAGAGGUAAUAAUAGUAAUGACGCGCUCGCGGCGCGCAAUACGCAGGACUAUUGUUAAUUAUUGCUCCUACUAUUAGCCCUCCUUGUAACGAUGCGAAAGAAUUGUCCAACCUUUGCAAGAUCAUUU